AUGGUUCAGCAGCGAUGGGAAUUUGUGCGCGCCUGCAAGGACAUCUGCAGCUGCUGCCUGUCACCUGGCCAUUGGUCCACUGCGUGCAAGAUGAGCUGUGGCGCCUGUCAAGUGACCGGUACGUACGAGCACUUCACCGUCGCGGUCGACAAAGCUGACGGCUCGAUAUCGGAGUUCCGCGCCUGGGCGCUGCCAACAGUGUGCCCGAGCGUGCAGCCGGUGGACUGGAGCCAGAGCAAGCAGAGCUGGGAGCAUCUCCGCGACAUCCCGUUCCCCUCAGUGGAGGGGCGGAUCGACGUGCUGAUCGGUCUCAACGCCAUCGACCUGCACACCGUACGGCAGGAAGCCACUGCAGCGCAGCCUAACCACCCGAUUGCCCGACUCACCCCACUGGGCUGGGUGUGUUUGAGCCCAGGAAGAGCAGAUUUGGCCCCUGCCAGCUUCUCAGCAGUCGUCACGCCUACAUCAGAGGAUCUGAGCCUCGAGACGCUCGUCCGAAACCAUCUCGGCAUGGAGUCAGCCGGUGCACGGCCGCCUUGCUACGACGCUAUGCCAUCUGCUGAGGACAACCAGGUGGAGGAGCGCACCAACGCAACGGCCUGGAGCCUGGAACGCUCACUGAAAAGCCGCCCGAGAGUACAACAGCAGUACCACGACGUCAUGCAGAGCCAUCUCGACAAGGGGUACAUCCGUGAAGUGCCCAGCAGGGAGGUGGACGCCGAUGGUGCUCAGCAAUGGUUCCUGCCGCACUUCCCGGUCGUCCGCAACGACAAGGAGACGACCAAGGUGCGGAUCGUGUUCGACGCCGCGGCCAAGUGGGACGGGCGAUCGAUUAAUGAUGAAAUGUUCAGCGGCCCGACACUUCAGACCGACAUUGUCAAGGUCCUGAUCCGGUUCUGUGCCGAGCCUGUAGCACUUGUAGCUGACAUCUCGGAGAUGUUUCUCCAAGUGGCUCUCAGGGAAGAGGACCGCAAAUACCACCGGUUUCUCUGGCGCUUCGACGACAACCAGCCGCGGGUGUAUGAUUUUCAGCGCAUGGUGUUCGGCAUCAAGGCCUCGCCUUACCUGGCGGGCAAGGCAGUCCAGGAGGUACUGCGCAGAUUCGGCCCGCAAUACUCAGCCGCAAUUACCGACGCUCUGGAGCGGAGCCGCUAUGUCGACGACCUGCUGACAUCGCGCCCAUCGGUGGCCGACGCAGUGGAGAGCCGCGUCCAGUUCCAGGACAUCCUGUCGCGCGGCGGGUUCCACCUGCGCAAGUGGCUGUCCACCAGCGCGGAAGUCCUGCAGAGCAUACCAGCUGCUGAUCGAGCCGCAUCCGCUACACUCAAUGUCGGUGAGCAUAUCCACUGCACUCUGCCUACUACGAAGACGCUGGGAGUCACCUGGUCAGCGGAUAAAGACGUCUUCAGCUUCCAUUUCAAGCGACCAGAGUUCACCAAGUUGACACGGCGCUCCGUCCUCAGCGGCCUGGCGUCGGCGUUCGAUCCUCGUGGGCAAAUUGCGCCGUUCACGAUCCGUGCCCGCGUGCUGCUGCAGGACACUUGGUUGCUGGAUCAGGCGUAG